AUGUACAAACACAGCAGAAAAUUAUCCAGGCCCGACUCCGAAAUCAGUAUGAAGGGAGCAAAAGUGGACAAUUUUAUAUUUUUCAGUCAUGAAGUUACGGAUCUCAAUAGCCUUUCCACCGUUGGUGAUGGAGGCGUUGAUCGGAAAGUGAGCGUACACGAAACGCAUCUUGUAGCGGUAGCCCUUCGUGACGCCGUUGAUCAGGUUGGUGACGUGGCUGAGCGCCGUGCGGAUAGCUGCGGUGGUUUUCCGGCUGCUGAACCAGGCGUCUACCUUCAGCUUCUUCUUCCCCGUGGCCUCGUCGGUGAUGAGCUGGAAAUCGAGGUUCAGGUGCUUGAAAUUGCGCGCGAGCUUGCCCCUGGGACCCUCGACCACGAUCAUCUUCGCAUUCACCUUGAUCUUCACGCCGUCGGGGAUAUCCAUGGUGUCGGAGGAGAGAAUCGCCUUCAUUUUCGUUGCCGGUGGUCUUUUGCUCCGGUGGUGCCUGUGAGAGGGGAAAAAGAGCUGCUACUUAACACACUUAUUAUGAGCAGAGUGUAA